AUGGUUCUUGCGGAUUUAGGACGCAAAAUAACAUCUGCGCUUCGAUCCCUCAGUAAUGCAACUGUCAUCAAUGAAGAGGUUUUAAAUUCUAUGCUAAAAGAGAUAUGUGCGGCAUUACUUGAAGCAGAUGUUAAUAUUAGGCUUGUCAAGAAGCUUAGAGAAAAUGUACGCCUUGUCAUUGAUUUUGAUGAUAUGGCCGGUGGUCUCAAUAAGAGACGGAUGAUACAAAGCGCUGUAUUCAAAGAGCUUGUUAAGCUGAUUGAUCCUGGAGUUAAAGCGUAUCAGCCAAUAAAAGGACGGCCGAACAUAAUCAUGUUUGUUGGUCUGCAAGGUUCAGGAAAAACAACCACUUGUACAAAGCUUGCUUAUCAUUAUUUGAAGAAAAACUGGAAAGCAUGUUUAGUCUGUGCAGAUACUUUUCGUGCUGGUGCAUAUGAUCAGAUAAAACAAAAUGCAACAAAAGCCAGAAUUCCAUUUUAUGGAAGUUAUACUGAGGUAGAUCCAGUUACAAUAGCACAAGAUGGUGUGGAGAUGUUUAAAAAGGAAGGCUAUGAAAUUAUUAUUGUUGACACUAGUGGUAGACAUAAGCAAGAAGAGUCCUUGUUCGAAGAAAUGCUUCAAGUCGCAAAUGCAAUACAACCAGAUAAUAUAAUAUUCGUGAUGGACGCAACAAUAGGUCAAGCUUGUGAAGCUCAAGCAAAAGCUUUUAAAGAACGUGUUAAUGUAGGUUCUAUCAUUAUCACAAAACUUGAUGGACAUGCGAAAGGAGGUGGUGCUCUUUCAGCGGUUGCCGCAACACAGAGUCCAGUAAUCUUCAUAGGUACUGGAGAGCACAUAGAUGAUCUAGAACCUUUCAAAACAAAACCUUUCAUUAGUAAAUUAUUGGGUAUGGGAGAUAUUGAAGGACUCAUAGACAAAGUGAAUGAAUUAAACCUUGAUGACAAUGAGGAACUGUUGGAAAAAAUCAAACAUGGACAAUUUACUUUGAGGGACAUGUAUGAACAGUUCCAAAAUAUAAUGAAAAUGGGACCAUUUUCUCAAUUAAUGGGAAUGAUUCCAGGCUUCAGUCAGGAUUUUAUGUCGAAAGGUACAGAACAAGAUUCAAUGGCGAGAUUAAAACGUUUAAUGACGAUUAUGGAUAGUAUGAACGAUUCAGAAUUGGAUAAUAGGGAUGGUGCAAAAUUAUUUAGUAAACAGCCAGGUAGAGUAAUAAGAGUGGCACAAGGUUCCGGAGUGACCGAGAAAGAAGUGAAAGAUUUAAUUACGCAAUAUACAAAAUUCGCCGCGGUUGUAAAGAAAAUGGGUGGUAUUAAAGGCUUGUUCAAAGCAGGCGAUAUGUCGAAAAAUGUAAACUCAUUACAAAUGGCGAAGUUCAAUCAUCAAAUGGCAAAAAUGAUGGAUCCAAGAGUUCUUCAUCAAAUGGGUGGUAUGCCAGGAUUGCAAAAUAUAAUGAAACAACUUCAACAGGGCGCAGCAGGAGGACUUGGAAAUUUAAUGGGUGGCUUUGGUGGAAAAUCAUAAAAAAUAUUUGUUGGCCUGUUAUGGCCUGUAUGUCGAUUGCCUGUCUUUGAUAUAAUUCCUUGUUAAGUAUAAUUUAAUAAUAACGGGAAGACGAAAAGGCACAGGGGAAAAGAAGGCAACAAGAGGAAAGGAAUAACCUAUUAAAGCUUGUACCAUUCUUCGAGAAUGAUCUCUUGAAAAUUUUCAGAAAAAUUUUUAGGACAAAUCUUAUGUUCACAGAUCUUUUUCAACACGAAACAAAUAAAAAAUGAUGUUCGUUACCAUA